AUGUGCAGCGGCGCCGAAGGAGGCUCUUGGCCGCUCGGUAAAGACGCGCCUACAGUUACAGCCGCAGCUAUCGACCAUUAUCGCUUACAACUGUACAACUAUGCUGUUGCCGAACGACUUCGACUAUAUCCACCAACUGUUGCACCAUGUUACACACCAUACGGACCCCGACUCGCGCUCUCCAUGUCAUUGCUUCAACAACGAGUUCUCCAACCGGAGGAGCCGAAACCUCAACACAGUUACAUUGGACUCAUCGCAAUGGCGAUACUCAGCUCGCCGGAUCGCAAGCUAGUCCUCUCCGACAUCUACCAGCACAUCUUGGACAACUACCCUUACUUCCGCAGCCGAGGGCCCGGAUGGCGCAACUCAAUACGACAUAAUCUGUCGCUAAACGACUGUUUCGUAAAAGCUGGCAGAUCUGCAAACGGGAAAGGUCAUUACUGGGCGAUACAUCCAGCUAACAUUGAAGACUUUCGGAAAGGAGAUUUUCGAAGGCGUAAAGCGCAAAGGAAAGUGAGGAAACAUAUGGGAUUGGCCGUGGACGAUGAUGGUGAAGACUCUCCGUCACCACCACCGCAGUCGCCGCCUCCGACGGCCUUGCCAUUACCCUUUUGGGGUGGAGGCCGGCUACCAGGCGGCGGGCAGACCCGGAAGAGGCAGUUCGACGUCGCCUCCCUGCUAGCACCGGAUGAUGCGCCGGAGAAACGACAAAGACGUGAUAGUAGUUGUGAGGAGGAGCCUGAAGAAGAUAUAGAUGUUGUAGCAAGUGAUCAAGAAGAGCGAGGAGGUGAAGAGGAGGUGCGGGCUCCUCUAGCACCGGCGGCGCAGUAUCCGCUGCUAGGCGGCUGGUGGCCGGCGCUAGAACCUGCGUUACUGCAGCAGUUACGUCGACAUUCGGCGCUAGCUCCUGCCGCGCCGCCUAGCCCCACGGACCAGCAGCGCCCGCCGGACACCUAG